UGUCACGUAUCGGUCCAAACUAUCGGUAUUGGACAAUCUACACUCCCAUCCAGUAGGCUGCAGUAAGGCACAUGACUUGGCGUACUUCUCGAAGACAAAUCUCACAACGUAGAUAAAAAAGAUGGUGACAUUGGCAUGACACAAACGUGUGUACAUCAUAGUUAGAUUUGUUUUUCUUGGUAUUAGACAAAUCUACGAUAACUCACUAAAAUGAAUAUUUUUAAAUCGACGUUUUUUCGGUUCAGUGGGUUGGCCUUGUUGCGUGGAGGUCUUGCGAAAUCCCCAUCAGUGAUUCCAUCUCCGCAGCAAACUCUUUCUGGAUGGGCACAGUUGCAUAUUGGUGCAGAGCAGAGGGUGUCUCGGAGGGGAUUACUCUUUACAAAAACUGAAGGAGCCGGAGUUUUCAAGCAACUCCCUUGGCAGCAUCAGCAGAUCCGCACUGUGAAGAGAGGCACUGAAUACCAACCCAAGAAUAUAAAACGGAAAAGGACCCAUGGCUGGAUCAAAAGGCUCAGCACGCGAGGAGGAAUUGAGGUGAUUUUGCGGAGAAUGCUGAAAGGACGAAAGUCUCUCACUCACUGAGAGCCAUCAGAAUGGACUGAUUGAAGACUAUUUUUGAAGCUGUUUUGCCUAACACAUUACCCUCUGAAGGACUGAACAAGUUGUCUACAGUUAGAUUUGUUUAUUUGGGAAAGAGGAUCUCUGUAAUGUUUAGUGAGUUAUUCAUUCUUGGCAAAUAAAGAAAUAUAAAUUACAAUAAAA